UCCACUCAGCGGAGCAGCUGUCCGGGCUCUGGAAUUCCAACAUGGCAGAGGCUGUGGUCAGUGCUCCUCUCUACUACUUGGAAUGCUUUCAGAGCCCGCGUGGACGCGACGUUUAACCCUCCCCUCCCGCGGCGACUUCUUUCCUUCCGCGAACAUUCGGCGGAUCGAUGGCUGGAUAAACGGCGUGGCUGCCCUGUCACCUCCACAGGUUUAAAGAUGCAGUGGACCCCGGAGCACACCCAGUGGGCAGAGCAACACUUUGACAUCUCGUCCACCACCCGCUCGCCAGCACACAAAGUGGAGGCCUACCGGGGCCACAUACAGCGAACGUACCAGUAUUCCUGGGCCAACGAUGACAUCUCUGCACUGACUGCCUCCAAUCUCCUUAAGAAAUACGCAGAGAAGUACUCUGGGAUUCUAGAAGGCCCAAAUGAAAGAGCUCUUCUGUGCUCGUACUCUGACGGCAGCGGCGGACUCAUGAAUGGACGAAAGUCGGAGAAUGAGUCCUGGCAGGAGGGAAUUUACCCAAUGAACUGUGCUCCAGAUGUUAUAUCUGUGAGCAAAGCCGGAAUGACAGCUGCCCUCCCCCCCACAGAAGUGUCGGCGAGCAUCGGCAGCUCCCCGGGGGUGGCCAGCAGCUUGUCUGAGCCCAGCUACUCCAGCAGUAACUGUGGGAGCCACACAGCCACCACCCUGCACUCUGGCAUCCCCUCUCAGGAAUACACAGCCAGCUACAAUGGCUCUUACCUGCAUUCCAGCUACAGCGGUCAGACAACCCCGGCGCUCCCCUCCCCUCAUCCCUCUCCCUUGCAUAGUGCCGGGCUCCUACAGCCUCCUCCCCCUCCGCCUCCCCCUACCUUAGUGCCGAGCUACAACGUCAGCUCUCCAAAUCUCCCCAACUACAAUUAUCCCCCUACUGGGUAUCCCUCUCAGACUGCUGUCGGGCCCGGUUAUAGCCCUGGGGGAGCGCCCCCUCCCUCUGCUUAUCUCCCGUCUGGUAUUGCAGCUCCCACACCGAUUCCUCCCUCCACAUUGCCAGGCUACUCCUACCCGUCCCACAAUCAUACACCGAUUGCACCAACGCCUUUGAAUGGCAGCACAUCCAACUCAUUAAAGCGAAAAGCUUUCUACAUGAGUGGACAUGAAGAUAUGGACUCUGGCUAUGGUAAUUUCAGCUACAGCCAACAGCGGUCCUCACACAGUCCCCUGUACGGAGUGGCGGAUGACUCAAACCGAGGGUUUGACAGAAGUGCAGAGGCUACUUUGGCCUUCAAGCCAAACAAACAGCCAGUGUCUUCUGAUCAGCAAAGGAAAUUCAACAUACACUCCAGCAGAGCUUUAACUCCCACCACGUUUGGGUCAACCAAAAGCUCAGUUGGGGACCUCGGAGGCGGCGAGACGUACAACAAAUUCGGCUCACAGAUCCUCGGCAAACAGACUGAAGAGCACAGACAGCAUCUAUCACACUCACUCACUGGACCUGACGUCGCAGCCUCAUCCGUUCAUGCUGCAGAGGAACAACUGAAGAACAUGGACUCCAACAUAGUGGAGAUGGUGACCUCCGAAAUCCUCCAGCAGGGGGCGUCGGUGGACUGGAGCGACAUCGCAGGUCUGGAAAUGGCCAAAGCUACCAUCAAGGAGGAGAUUCUCUGGCCGAUCUUAAGACCAGAUAUGUUCAGCGGACUCGCAACGUUACACCGUAAUCUCCUUUUAUUCGGACCUCAGGGAACUGGUCGAACACUGUUGGCCCGCUGUAUGGCCACCCAGCUGGGCGCUGUCUUCUUGCAACUCAGCGGCUCAGCGUUAGUCACCAAGUGGUUGGUCGAAGGAAGCAAGAUCAUCCAGGCCUCUUUCCUGAUGGCUCGCUGUCGCCAACCUGCUGUGGUGUUCAUCAGCGACGUGGACCUUCUUCUGUCGGCGCAGCUCAGCGAGGAGAGCCCGGUCAACUGCUUGAAGGCUGAGCUGCUCAUGCAGCUCGACUGCGUUUUGACCUCAGCCGAGGACCACGUUCUUGUGGUUUGUUCCACCAAUAAGCCUGAAGAGAUUCCUGAGUCCCUACGGAGGUACUUUACCAAGCGACUGCUCAUCCCCCUGCCUGAUGGGACGGCACGACACCAAAUAAUCAGCCAACUGCUCUCACAGCACAACUACUGUCUGACUGACAAAGAGAUGUCACUACUGGUUCAGAGGACAGAGGGCUUUUCAGGCCUGGACGUGACCCAACUUUGUCAAGAGGCUCUGGUUGGUCCUCUUCACAGCAUCCCGGGCACCGAACUGUCCAGCCUUCACCCGAGUCAAAUGAGACCCGUCUCCUAUCAAGACUUUGAUAGUGUUUUUUGCAAAUUCCAGCCCAGUAUAUCACAAAAAGAACUGGACAUGUACACUGAGUGGAACAAAAUGUUUGGCUGUGGCCAGUGCUAAGACAACCACCAGAUGCAAACAGCACUUCAAAGGUGACAUAAAGAGAUCAGCAGAGCAAACAUCUGGCUGGAAAUAAUUGUAAACACUAACAACGAAGCUUUACAUGCCCCGGCGUCCUCGUGAAACUCAACAGGCUUGUGAGCGACCCCCCUGUUUUGUAUGUACAUAUAAAUAUACUAUUCUGCUGAUAUUGAGAUUCAGUUGCUAUCAAGUGCCUGAGGUGGUGCUGUUUCGUUUUUACUUUGCCAUCAUUGGUGACACGUGCUAAUAUAAAAAAAAAGCUUUAAAAUAGACAAAAAUUGUGCUUUCUCUUCUCCAUGAUGAACAGUUGUGUCCGUUCUGUGCUCUCUGUGAACAGUUUUUUGCAGCUAAAUUCAACUUACUGGUUGUUUUGGAACAUCCCCUUUUUUUAAUGAUCACCCCCCGUUUAAAAUGAAACUCAAAAAGACAAUUUAACUGCGAAUAAAUGAAGUGUACAAUCACCCUUGAUAUGUUGUAACUGACAUCUAAAUGUGUAUUUAUGUGUCGUUUUGAUUUGAUGUUGAAAACUCAGGAAAGUGCCGAUAACAUGUAAAGUACCUCACGCGCGAAGAUCCGAGCACUAAAUUUGACCAUUUCCACACACGCAUGGCUUUAAUACCUCAGAGAAGAUGGAAAGUAAGGUUUGGAAGCGAAUGUACGGGACAAAAAUGUGACUUCUUUUAACAGUGUUACGAUUCAAAUGGCGUGGCGAUUUAUCUUGUUGCCGCGAGCUGGUUUUGUUUAUAACAAAAGUCUGUUGGCUAUCGCACAUCUGAGAAAGAAUCCCACUCUUUAGUCACCAGUGUCAUUGAGCCAUGGCGAAUUCGACAAACAUCUGGGGGUUGUGGGAGAAAAAGAUGGCCCGGAGCCGUUGAAACCAUCCUGUGUUUUAUCGUAAAUGAAAGUGAAGGAUUAUGUCGUCCGAGUUGCUUUCUACCUCAUUUUUUUGUUAUCUGCGAGAGAGAAAAUUCAUAAAAGACCAUAGUCCCUGUGCUGCUCCCAACGCUGGGAGAGAAUACAGAACACCUUUGUAUCAGGCCUGUUUUAUUUGGGACUCUCGCAGAAAAUUCUGCCGUCUUUGUGGUUAGAAAGCACCCGAUAUUUUGAAAGACAUCUCUCUCGAAAACGUCCCAUGAAAGCAACAGUUUGAUGGUGGAUUGUUGCGAAUCGGAUUAGCUGAAAUGAAUGACGAUAGCUCUCAACAGCUAUAUGGACCAAAGCUAAGCUAUUCUCCUGGUUGAUGCUGAUGUGUUCAGAGAGACUCGUCGCUCUCGAUAUUCGGAAAUUCAAAAGGCAACAUGUGAGGCUAGUAGAGCCACACAAGAGCACACAUUUGGUUCUUCAAGGACACCUGGAACUCGACUGAAAUUGGUGGCUGUCGACUAGUUCAGCAGUUUGUAACUCUUUAGAGUCAAUGGCAAUGAGAAAAGCUGUUGCGCGCGUUCAUGAAAUUGGAGUCUUAAACGCCUAAUCUAAAAAGUCACGAUCAGAAUCACUGCCUAAAUAUUGGGAUGUCUUUUGGUCUGUUACGACCCUCACAUGUCUAGCUCUUUCUUGUCAAUAGGUAUGCUUGAAUAUCGCAACAAGUAAAAGGUCCUUCUUCGCCUCCUUUCACUUUCCACUUCUGCUUUCCUGCAACUAGUGUUUCUUAAAGGCUAAAAUCUGCGGAACCUUUUGGAAUUACGUUGAAAGGUCAUUUCACUGAUGAAUGAAGUAAAAAUGAUUUAAAAAGGGGUUUGGUUAAAAUAAAUAUUUUGAAAAGAUUUGACAUGUUACAUGUUUCAGCUUCCACCAGUGUUAGGUACCGAAACAGUGGCAGGGUUUCGCCGACCCCUCUGUCUGUCUUCUCUUCAAGCAGCUGAAGAAAGAAUGCUAACUUACAUCGAUUUAAGCGGCUGCCUCGUUGAGCGAAACACUUCCCCAUUCAAACCUGAACAAUUAUACUCUCAUCCUUCCAGUCUUGAUUUCAUUUUGUCGCCAAAAACUGCACAAAUAUCUACAAACUUGCUGAGCUUGACAAAGUUUCAAAUCUGAUCUGCCAGCCAAUGAAAAGCACAGUUGAGGGGCGGAGCAGCAGAUUUAGUGAAGCACAAUUGUUCUUUUUUUUUUCAUAAUUGUGUCAAAAUGCUGAUUCUGUUUUUGUGAUACUUGCUAUCUUUUUUCUGUCUGUGAACACAACAACAAAAUAAGCUCACAAAAUUAGAUGUGUUUGUCAAACAAAACACAAUCCAAAAUAAAAAAAAUGACUCAAAAUAGAAACCACUUUACCACUUUACUUGACAAAAAAAAUAGCCAGAAUAAAAAAAUUAAAAAAGUUCAUGUCAUGUAAUUUGUUGGAAAAAUACUGUAAUGGUGAAUAGUUUAUCAAAAAGACGAUGCGGAAAAAGAAAAUAAUCAAUAAUCCCUAAUGAUGAGGGAACAAUGUACUGUAUUUCUAUCACAGUAAAUGUCACACUGACACACAGAGGCCAAAACGAUAAAAGAAAGCUACACAAAACAAAGACACUGAACACACUCUCCUGUCACUCCCUUGACAACAUUUUGCUCCACACUGCCAAGCAUUAGAGUCACUCUACAUUUCUAAACAUGGUUCCUCACUAAACACAAAAACAGCUGUGAAAAAAAAUACUGCAUGAUAGCAACAACUAUGAAUACUAAAACCAAAAAAAAGAAAGUUUUCAUGAUGUUGUUGUGUUGAGCCAUUUGUUGCUGUGUUUUCAACUUGAGCUGCACCAAAAUGUUCUGACCUGAAAACCAAACCACUGCUGUCACACAGAGAGAGAGAGUUGGUCCUGGUCUGAGGAAUGUUGAAAAAAACCAUCUCUGAUUCGGCGAUGACUCUGCCGCAAUACUUGAAUUUGAAACAAACCAUCCCACGGCGACAGACAUCAGACCGGACAACAACUCGUGUUUGUGUGUGUGUGUUUCGAGGUGAGAAGCUUCAAGUGCCAAAAUAUUGUCUUUCUUUUUCUGCUGUGUCGGCUCAUCCCCUCCGCUUCCGUCAUGGCUUUUUACCGCUCUGCGUUUUUUCUGUCUUCGACAGCCGAAUUAACAAAUGGUAUUUUUAGCAACGUGUCGUUUGCUCUUAAGGUUGAUGUGAAGAGAGAGUUCAAAGGUGCAAAGUGAAGUCUUUGAACGGCACAUCGCGCUCGUGCUGAUUUCCAAAAAAGAAUCCGACGGUGCUUCUUGUCACUUUGAGGUCAUGUUUGAUGUUCUGAUCCCAUCCUGACGUGGUUCUGCAGUCCUGUGUUCUUGAUAACCAUUUCUACCUCAUUGCUACAUAUUGCACAUGUAGUACUUUUGUCCGCUCAUGUUGAAUGUCCGACAUUCGUGAGGAAGUCCUUGCAGCUUAUUUAUUCACGGCUGUCACCAGUGUUCCCAGACAGGAUCAGAGAGCCUUGAGGAUGGGAUGGAGUUGGUUUCUAUUUGAAUUGUUUGUGUGUCUUUUUGUUCAUUCAAUAUUUAAUGUAGGAUCAAAAUAUUACACAUCAACACUUUACAUUUGAAUCAUUAUUUAGUACUUUUUGUAGUACAUUAUUUAGUAAAAUAUGUGCUUUUUAUGUCAUAGUAGAAUUUUCAUAUAUAUAUAUAUAUUUUUUUUUUUUCUUCACAAAAUUAUGAUAUUUUUUCCUCAUAAAAUCUAUCCGCUUUUUUCAAUUAGCGAUCAGAUUCUACCUUUCAUGUUCCUCUUAAAAUCUAUUUAUGUUCAAUACUGCAAGUGAAACUGAAACUUUCUUCACUAAAAGUAAAAAAAAACUCAAUAUUAGAAGACGGUGAUGUUUUUGAUCCUCAGUGAAAUAUUCAAUGAACACAACUCACACACUUGUUUUCGAAGCAGAAUUCAUUUACUAAAGAAGUUGUUUUGAAUCUUAGUGAAGUUGCUGUACGUGCGAGCACAAGGGGAUCCAUGAGGUUUUUACUUUCAUAUCUGUGUACAGAGACUUGCACACGGCUGUAUGUAUUGUACAUUUGCUAAUGAUAUACAGCAGAACUGCAAAGAGGCGCCACGUGUUUCUGUGUUCAGUCUGUAAUCACAUUCUUACAGUGACUUUCAAUGUAACUUCAUUUCAAGGUACAUAAAAGAUAUUCAAAUACUGAAUAAAGACGUUUGCUUUUCGUUUUUCUUGACUGAGACUGGGACAGGAAGUGGUUGUCAUUCAUUCAACGGUGCAAAGAUCGAUUUUACCUGAGGUUUGCUUAAAGGUUUUAGAACAAGUUGCUGACAAGAAUGUAUAAAGAACCUUGGAAUCGAAGACCACGGUGAGGCGCCGCUAGCAGAAUGCUAAUGGUUAGCCUCAGCAGUAAACUCAUCUGUCAGUGGCUGAGAAUAAAAAUAGUAGAAUCCAGGCCUCGGAUCUUCCGAACAGAGAGGAAGCCAAAACGCUAAAGGUUGGUUACGAGAGUGACAAUAAACCGGCCUUCCGGGAUCAUUUGGCACCUUAGAAUUUGAAAACUGAAAGUCACGUAUCGAUGCAGAGAAGAAGUGAGACGUCCCCAUUCACACACAGUGAUGGACAGAGGUCGCGAGGAAACUAACUAGCGUCCUCGCGCAAUGGCACAAAUCUGUGAAGAGCUGGGAGCAAACCAGUGGCCUCUCGCACAGGCUCCACCAUCUGAAUGAUUAUUAUUAUUUAUUUUUUUUUAGAAAUUUCUGGUUACUUUAUUAACCACUUGGCACAAUGUUUACUGUGAGCAACAUCAAAAAAUGAUACCCCAAUAAACUAAAAAGUCAGUUUAGUCCUGUAUCUGUUGACAGUUACUUAAAUGUUGACAGAUUUAAGUAACUCGAAUGCUCCCAAAGUGUGGAAAUUCAACCUAAAUAAGAAUGUUUUUUAGAUGAGAAGAAAAGUAAAUAUGGAGACCAAUAGCAAAACAUGUUGUUGGAUCAAAUAAAGAGAAACGAGUGUAAGUGUUCUUUUUGGCAAAAAAAAUAAAUGAAAAAGAAAGGGAGAAAAUUUUCCUAAACUUAGACGAAAAAAAAAAUUCCAAUGAAAUUUGAUAUUUUAAAAAAAUCAGGAGGAAAAAAACAUGCCAAGCUUCAAGCUUCUAAGAACAACAGACAAGAAAGUGGUUCCAAUGGUCAAUGAUUCACUGUUCUGUUGGCAUCAAUUACGUUUCUGAGUCAGAAAAUAUUUAUUUCACAUUUUUAUUUAUUUGUUUGACAUAAAUGUACAACUGCAAGAACAGAAACGGGAUGAAAAUCCAUGUGGAAAAGGGAUGGUGGGGUAUAAAAGUCAAAACAUUUCACUCCCUCAA